AUGUGGGAUCAUUGGGAAAGAGUAAAUGCCAUAGUUCUUUCUUGGGUAAUGAAUGCUGUUUCAAAGAAUUUACUACGAGGAAUUAUGUAUGCUACUAGUGCUCAGGUGGUAUGGCAAGAUUUGUGUGAAAGGUUUAAUAAGAUUGAUGGAUCAAGAACCUAUAACCUACAUAAAGAAAUAGCCACUCUGAAUCAAGACACAACUUCUGUGUCUGUGUACUUCUCAAAGUUAAAAAGUCUGUGGGUAGAAUUUGAGUCAAUGGUACCAGCUCCUGGUUGUAAUUGUUCUAAGUUAAAAGCAUUUGUAGAACACUUACAGAAAAUGAAGUUGUUUCAAUUCUUGAUGGGUUUAAAUGAUGCUUACUCUCAGGCUAGAAGCCAAAUACUUAUGAUGAAUCCUAUGCCCAAUGUAAAUCAAGCUUACUCUCUAGUGAUCAGUGAUGAGUCUCAAAAAGCUGUAGCAGCUAACUCUGGAAUUCUAGGGACUAAUCCAAGUGCCACAGUUGGAAACAUUGAUCUGGCAAUGUAUUCAAGGAAUAAUGUGAGUCAAAACAAUGUGAGUCAAGGUGGUUCAAAUCAGUAUGGACAUCAAAAAUUUAAGAAACCUUAUAACAGCUUGAUCUGUGACUUUUGUAAGUGUAAAGGUCACACCAAAGACACAUGUUUCAAGCUAGCAGGAUAUCCUUCUGAUUUCAAGUCCAAGAAAGGUGUGGUAGACAGGAAAACUGGUCAGAGUCAAAGGUAUGGUGCUGCUUAUAAUGUGGUAGGAGAGAGUUCAAAUAUGGAUCUUGGACCUGUCAACACUCAAAACUAUAAUGUCCAACAAGCAUUUGUGCCAUAUAAUAUGAAUGGGGCAAGUUUUAGUUUUGGACAUGGCAAUAACAUGGGAGGAUAUGGUUCUCAAAAUGGACAAGUUGUAUCUUCAGCAAAUGCAGCAGGUGAUAUAGCAGGUAUGGUAGAGGACAUGGCACUAGUAGCUACUGAUAACAAUAGUCCUGAAUGGAUUAUUGAUACAGGAGCCACUAAUCACAUGGCCUCUGAUGCAAAGUUAUUGAACCAAGACACAAUAAGUGAACCUGUAAUUCCAAAAAGAGUACAUUUUCCUAAUGGUGACAUUACUCAAGUGUCUCAUAUUGGAACUAGUUCAAUAUCUAAGAACAACACAAUAUCUAAUGUGUUUUUGGAUCUCUUCACUGGAAGGGUGAAGGAGAUUGGUAGAGAAGAAGCUGGUCUAUACUUGUUGCUGAAUCAACAUACAUAUAAUGGAAAACAUAUCAGUCUAGCAAUUGAUGUGAAGAGUAGUAUAGAUAAUUGUACUAUAUGCCCCUGUGCCAAGCAGACUAGAUUGCCAUUUCAGCCUAGCCAAAUAAAAACUAGUGAUAGACUUGAAAUGUUCUUCAGGUUGGUUAAAAAUCAGUAUGACAAAACUAUCAAAGUCAUCAGAACUGAUAAUGGCUCAGAAUUUCUAAAUAAUACUUGCAUUACUAUGUUUCAAGAAUUAGGCAUAAUUCAUCAAAGGACCUGUGUCUAUACACCACAGAAAAAUGGUGUAGUUGAACGUAAACAUAGGCACAUUUUAGAAGUAACUAGAGCUAUGAGGAUUCAGGCUCAUAUUCCUAUUGAGUUCUGGGGACAUUGCAUUCUGGCAGCAGUGUAUGUGAUUAAUAGGUUGCCCACUGAAGUGCUUAAUGGUGUUUCACCAUAUGAAAGAUUUCAUGCUAAACAAUCAAAUAUAAGUCACUUAAGGGUACUAGGUUGCUUAUGUUUUGCCAAAGAUAUGACUCAACAUGAUAAAAUGCAGUCAAGGUUAAAACCAGCUAUACACAUGGGCUAUUCUGAUGUGUAA